CGAGUUGGAGGCAAAAUGGCGUCUCUCAUGGCCUCUGAAGCUCUCCUUCGAAACCCAAACCCAAACCCAAACCCUAGUUUGCCUCCUCGGCCGAGAUUAGCACAACAUCAUCCAUCCACCCUAGGCUUCUCUCCUCUCCCUUCCCUAAAACCCCUCGGUUUAACGCUCCAGAGAAUCAAACCCUAUAACCUGCUUAGGGUUUCUGCCUCUUCCUCUGCUCCUGUAACUUCUACCGAGCCAUCAACAGAAUCAAACCCUAUUUCGACGCUUCUAUCCGAUUCAACACGCAGAGUCACGACCGUUGUUGCAGUCGCUUUCUCUUUGUCGAAAUUAUUUACUGAUAUGAUUCGGGGGAUUUCAAUCAAAAUUAAGAGAGGUUGCAUGAGUCCCACACCGGAAGAGCUGGCGACAAUUCAACGCCUUCGGGGAAAUCUAGUUUGCACUGUGGGACCGUUGUUCUUUGCUGCUCUCCGUGACCGUCCGAGUGGUUAUUUGAACACUCCAUUAACUGUCGUUGCGGCUGGCAUGUCGAAAUGGCUCGACAUCUAUAGUGGAGUAUUGAUGGUGAGGGUGUUGCUUAGUUGGUUCCCUAACAUUCCAUGGGACCGCCAGCCUUUGUCUGCAAUUCGGGACUUGUGUGAUCCUUACUUGAAUCUCUUCCGCAACAUCAUUCCGCCGGUAUUUGAUACCUUGGAUGUCAGCCCGCUUCUAGCUUUUGCCGUUUUGGGAACACUUGGUUCAAUCUUGAACAACAGCCGGGGAUCGUAUUGAGGCUUUCUGUUGAA